AUGGGUCGUUAUGUUUCCUAUACUUUUAACGCGGACGACACCACCCUCAUUGGACUCAUCUCCAACAACGAUGAGUCCGCCUACAGGAGGGAGGUGGACCGGCUGGUGUCCUGGUGCAGUGGUAACAACCUGGAGCUGAACGCCCAGAAGACAGUGGAGAUGAUUGUGGACUUCAGGAAGAGCACUGUCCCCCCGCCCCCACCUUCCGUGAUGGACUCCCCCAUCACCUCUGUGGAGUCCUUCCGUUUCCUGGGCACCACCAUCACCCAGGACCUCAAGUGGGAGCCGACCAUCAGCUCCCUCAUCAAGAAGGCCCAGCAGAGGAUGUACUUCCUGCGGCAGCUCAGGAAAGCCAAGCUGCCUGCACAGAUGUUGGUGCAGUUCUACACGGCCAUCAUCGACUCCAUCCUCACCUCCUCCGUCACCGUGUGGUUCGCUGGAGCCACAGUCAGGGACAAACAGAGACUACAGCGCAUCGUGCGCUCUGCAGAGGAAGUGAUCGGCCGCAGCCUUCCAUCGCUGCAGGACCUGAUUCAAGCUUCUGCAGUCAUCGGUGUGGAGUGUAAACAAGACGGCCUUGGUUCUCCUCCUUUGUUUGUGUCGGAGCCAAAACAACAGCGUCUUCACUUCUGUGUUCUGUCGCCGGGACCCGCUCCCACUGGACCCUCCCCCAUUGGACCUGCCCCACUGGACCUGGCCCCACUGGACCUGCCCCCACUGAACCCGCCCCCACUGGACCCGCCCCCACUGGACCCGCUCCCACUGGACCCGCCCCCACUGGACCCGCCCCCACUGAACCCGCCCCCACUGGACCCGCCCCGACUGGCAGAUCCGAACAACUCACAUAUCACAACUGUAAAAAGGCGAGAUCCGUGCGUCACCUGUCGAACCUGGCAACAGAAUCCUAAAACCUUAAAGGCGCUGAUGUCCUCAGUUACUCUCCUUCUAAACUCUCGCAUCCAGACACGUGAUCUGAAUGGUCUUUCUGUGGUGGAGGUUCUGGCCGGCAGCGGCACGUCCAGUGUUAUGUCACACAUUCCAGAGUCCCAGAGCUGUGUUUAUGUUUAG